GGCCAGGCCCGAGUGGGCCCGAGGCGGACGUGAGCAGGACCAGACCAAGAUGGCGGUGCAGGUGGUGCAGGCGGUGCAGGCGGUUCAUCUGGAGUCGGAUGCUUUCCUAGUUUGUCUCAACCACGCUCUGAGCACAGAGAAGGAGGAGGUGAUGGGGCUGUGCAUAGGGGAGUUGAAUGAUGACCCAAGGAGUGACCCCAAAUUUACAUAUACUGGAACUGAUAUGCGCACAGUUGCUGAAAAGGUUGACACCGUCAGAAUUGUUCACAUUCAUUCUGUCAUCAUCUUGCGACGUUCUGAUAAGAGGAAGGAUCGCGUGGAAAUUUCUCCAGAGCAGCUGUCUGCAGCCUCGACAGAGGCAGAGAGGUUGGCUGAACUAACUGGUCGCCCCAUGAGAGUUGUGGGCUGGUAUCAUUCCCAUCCCCAUAUAACUGUUUGGCCUUCACAUGUCGAUGUUCGUACACAAGCCAUGUACCAGAUGAUGGAUCAAGGCUUUGUAGGACUUAUAUUUUCCUGUUUCAUAGAAGAUAAAAAUACAAAGACUGGACGGGUACUCUACACUUGCUUUCAGUCCAUACAGGCCCAAAAGAGCUCAGAGUCCCCUCAUGGUCCACGAGACUUCUGGAGCUCCAGCCAGCACAUCUCCAUUGAGGGCCAGAAGGAAGAGGAAAGGUAUGAGAGAAUUGAAAUUCCAAUUCAUAUUGUACCUCAUGUAACCAUUGGGAAAGUGUGCCUUGAGUCAGCAGUUGAGCUGCCCAAGAUCCUGUGCCAAGAGGAGCAGGAUGCAUAUAGGAGGAUCCACAGCCUUACACAUCUGGACUCAGUAACCAAGAUCCAUAAUGGCUCAGUGUUUACCAAGAACCUGUGCAGUCAGAUGUCGGCAGUCAGCGGACCUCUACUGCAGUGGCUGGAGGACAGACUGGAGCAAAACCAACAGCAUUUGCAGGAGUUGCAACAAGAAAAGGAAGAGCUUAUGCAAGAACUUUCUUCUUUAGAAUAAAGCAGGAGACAAAAUGGGGAAGGAUGAAAAUAUCCAGGUGUAAAAUUAAUUAAGCCAAAUGAAUUUUGAAGAAGAAAAAUUUGGAAGACUCACAUUACCUGACUUCAAGACUUACUAUAAACCUACAGUAAUCAAGACAGUGUGGUAUAUGCCCAACUGAUUUUGACAAAGGUAAAAAAGCAAUUCAAUGGAGGAAGGAUAGUCUUUUCAACAAAUGAUGCUGGUGCAGUUGGCAAAGAAAAUGAACUUUGACCUAAACUGCAUACAUUAUACAAAAAUUAAUUGAAAAUGUAUCAUGAACUUAGAUGUAAGAUGUAAAACUUUCAGGAAAAAUAAUCAUAGAAAGAUCUUUAGGAUCGUGGGCUAGGCAACAGGUUCUUCUUGGCCUUCAUCCCAAAAGCACAAUCGUAAAAGGAAAAAGUUGAUACUGUAUAUUGGACUUCAUCAAAAUGAAAAACUUUUGCUCUGCCAAAAAUUUAAGAGGAGGAAAUUAUUGAGAGAAAUUACUUGCAAACCAUUUAUCUAGAAUAAAGUCAAGAAUAAAAAACAAACAAUCCAAUUAGAAAAUGAGCAGAAGACGUGAAUAGACACAGCACUAAAGAGGGUGUAUUGAAGGCAAGCAAGCACAGGAAAAGAUGUUGAACUUCAUUAGUCAUCAGGGAAUGCAAAUUAAAACCACAAUGAAUUAUGACUACAUACUUAUCAGAAUGGCUAAAGAAAAAACAGUGAAAAUACCAGAUGCUAUUGAGCAUACAAACUGGAUCUCUCAUACAUUGCUGAACAGAAUGUAAAAUGGUAAGCCACUCUGAAAAAAAGAGUUUGAAAAUUUCUAAUAAAGUUAAACAUACAUGUACUUUAUUACCCAGCAAUUGUUGUCCUGGACAUUUAUCCCAAAGAAAUGAAACCUAUUUUGGCACAGAAACUUCUAUACAGACAUUCUUGGCAGUUUCAUUUGUAAUAGCCCCAAACUGGAAACAACCUAUAUGACCUGCAGUUGAGUGUGUGGUUAAACCAACCAUCCACACCAUGCAAUACUACUCUGCAAUGAAAAGGAACAGACUUGAUACACAUGACUUGGAUGGACCUCAAGGGUAUAAUGAUGAAUGAAAAACAGCCAGUCUUAAAAACUCACAUACUGUAUGACUGCAUUUGUAUAAAUUCUUGAAAUGACAAAAUUACAGAAGUGAAGAACAGAUUAAUGGCUGACAGGGAUAGGGACUGGAGGGGGUAUGGGAUAUGGGUGACUAUAAAGGGAUAACACAAGGAAUUCCUUUGUGCUGAUGGAACAGUUCUGUAUCUUGAUUGUGGUGUUGAUUAAAUGAAUCUAUAUCUGUGCUAAAACUACAUAGACCUACACACACCCACAAAUGAAUGCAUGU